UAUAAAUGGCAUAAAAAUAGCGGCUUAAACAGUAAAAAAUAAUCACGUUCAUCAACAAAAAAAACGUGAACUUUUACGGUUUUGGCCACAAAUGUGGUAGACUGAAGGCGAAUAAUAUUAGCAUGAAUAAAUUGUAUUAAUGUAAGUUGUGCCGUGGUAUCAGCAAGCACAUUGUUUUAUUAAAUGCGUCGGAUCUAAAGGGGCGGGGGAGAUAAACCUCAGUUAUUUUAUUUUGUUAGCUAGCCACAGAGGGUUUUACUGUCUACUUUGCAGAAGCAAACGCAUACACAAGUGCAAGUUUGCGCCGCAUGUGAGUCGACAGGUUGUGUACACAGAGGAAGUCCACUAGGAACAUUAUAGCUAACGUUAAAUAGAUUUGCUUGGAGUUACAUUUACGUGCGGGUCUUACUUCGCCAUGUCAGCAAUCUCAAAUACCGGGGUUUAAAUCAUUGCGGUUUGUCAGUACAAUAGAGGGUAUCAGAUUUGUAUAUUCUAACGUGUUAGCUGGAUUUUUUCCAUACUCGGAUUUGCAAGCCAACUAAUAACUCUUCGUCAGCUGCCUAGAUAGCGGCUGAAGAUUUCCACUGAUCAAAAAGCUACUUUCUGGAGGAGUCGGGGUAAGUGAGCCGAAUGGCCUCCAUUGUGACUGUGAAAACUGAGAAACGACCUGCUCCUGCGGAUACUCAGGAUGUUGACUCCAAUACCAAAAAACCCAGGAUUUGGGAACCAUCAAUGGAACCAUCACUCAAUCUCUGCCUACCCCAAAGGAAACUGCUGCCCAGCCUGAAGACCAAGCGGGCCCCAGAGCUAGUCCUAGUGAUUGGUACUGGGGUGAGUUCAGCUGUGGCCCCUCAGGUUCCUGCCUUGCGAUCCUGGAAAGGUUUGAUCCAGGCCUUGCUGGAUGCAGCUAAUGACUUUGACCUACUCGAGGAAGAGGAGAGUCGCCGUUUUCAGAAGAGCCUGCAGGAGGACAAGAACCUAGUCCAUGUUGCACAUGACCUCAUUCAGAAGCUCUCUCCGAGAACAGGCAAUGUGCGUUCCACAUUUUUCAAGGACUGCCUGUACGAGGUGUUUGAUGACCUGGAAUGUAAGAUGGAGAACGCAGGGAAGCAUCUUCUCCGCUCUGUACUGCAGCUGAUGGAGAGUGGAGCACUGGUCCUCACCACCAACUUUGACAACCUGCUGGAGAUCUAUGCAGCCCAUCAGGGUUCCAAGCUAGAGUCCCUGGACCUCACAGAUGAGAAGAAGGUCCUGGAGUGGGCUCAGGGGAAGAGGAGUCUGAGUGUUUUGCACAUUCACGGUGUUUACACAAAUCCCAGCGGUAUUGUACUCCACCCUGCUGGCUAUCAGAAUGUAUUGAGGAACACUGAGGUCAUGAGGGAGAUCCAGAAAUUGUACGAGACCAAGUCGUUUGUUUUCUUGGGCUGCGGGCGCACAGUGGAUGACACCACCUUUCAGGCUCUCUUCCUGGAAGCGGUCAAGCACAAGUCAGACCUGGAGCACUUCAUGCUAGUGCGCCGCGAGGAUGUGGGGGAGUUUAAAAAGCUGCGAGACAACAUGCUUGACAAGGGCAUAAAGGUUAUCUCCUACGGCAACGAGUAUGCCGACCUGCCAGAGUACUUUGAAAGGCUGGCCAACGAGAUCUGCAACCGAGACACGGUCGCUAACGGCUGGGGAUCUCCCCACCAAGAAGAGGUAAUCCAGAAUGGCUUUCAUUCGGAGAAAAGCCUCCUUCAAGAAUACCAUUCUUGACAGGAACAAAGCAGGCGGGAGUUAUUUUCAUCCACAGUUCAGUCCACUUCUACUCAGGUCUGAUUUCAUUGGAUCUACUGCAACUCCUCAAGGCACAUAAGGGCCAGAAGCGUCCUAAGUCAAUACUCUAUUUUUUCCUUUUCAAUACCAGUUGUUAUAACAAAGGGAGAGGCCCAGCAAACAUUACAAUAAUCUUUCAAACAGGCCACCCAGUGUACAUAUAUCCCCACUUCUGGAACAGAAUGUUGGAAAGGUUCAUGUAAAACACAUUUAUGGUAGAUGUGUGUAAAAAGGCUAUGUCUAACUGAUUUCUAAAUUAACCUGAUUUGGAAAUCGAGAGUCAGGUCGACUGUACUGAAGACAGAUGUGCUAAAGAUUGUCCAUGGGUUCCCGAAGCAGACGUGGGUUAAAAAUAGAGCAUGAAACUAGGAUAAUAAAAAAAUGCUGUACUUAUGAAACUCAAGUCUCAAAGCAUGGAGAAUGUGUAAACCUAUUAACAGAAUUCUUGCAAACUUGAAACCAGUGAACUAAAUGUGUACUCGAGGCAAUAAAACAAAUGACACUUUGGAGAAUAGUUUUUUGAUCUGCAGCAGAGUUGUGUUGCAUUGAGUUGAGGAGAGGCAUCUUUGUAAAGUGAGUCACUCAUUUGCUGAAAAGUGCAUACUUUAUAAGGCUUUUCUAUUUUUAAUACAUGUUGUGAAAUCUGUAGGUAUUUAUAAGAGCUAUUUAAAAAAAUAAAGAAAACAUUUGCUAUCGUG